AUGGCAGGGUCUUCCCUCAUGGAAAACCUCUUCCAGCGCACACUGGAGGACCUGAUCAAGGGCCUCCGUCUCCAACUCAUCGGCGAGUCCGCCUUCCUUUCCAAGGCCAUAGACGAAAUCCGCCGCGAGGUCAAGUCCACAGACUCAGACACCAAGGCCAACGCCCUCCACAAACUCACCUACCUCUCCUCCCUCCACUUCUACGACAUGUCGUUCGCCGCAUUCCACGUCGUCGAGCUCCUCUCCUCCACUCGCUUUUCCCACAAGAAGAUUGCCUACCACGCCGCCUCCCACUCCUUCACCGACGACACGCCCGUCCUCGUCCUCAUCACCAACCAGCUCCGCAAGGACCUCACCAGCACCAACGAGCUCGAGGUAAGCUUGGCACUUGAAUGCCUCUCCAGAAUUGCUACCGUAGAUCUUGCUAGAGAUUUGACCCCCGAGAUAUUCACCUUGCUAGCUAGUAGUAAAGUUAUUGUGAAAAAGAAAGCGAUCGGUGUGCUUUUGAGGGUGUUUGAAAAAUAUCCGGAUGCUGUCAGGGUGUGCUUCAAGCGUUUGGUUGAAAAUUUAGAGAGUUCAGAGUCGCGGGUUGUGUCUGUGGCUGUUGGGGUGUUUUGUGAGCUUGCUUUAAGAGAGCCCAGAUCAUCGUAUCUUCCAUUGGCGCCUGAGUUCUAUAAGAUCUUGGUUGAUUCUAGGAACAAUUGGAUUUUGAUUAAGGUGUUAAAGAUAUUUGCAAAAUUGGCUCCUUUAGAGCCUAGGUUGGCUAAUAGAGUUGUUGAGCCUGUUUGUGAGCAUAUCAGGAGGACAGGGGCCAAAUCAUUGUUGUUUGAGUGUAUUAGGACUGUGGUGACCAGUUUGAGUGAUUAUGAAUCUGCAGUGAAGCUUGUUGUUGUGAAGAUUCGGGAAAUGCUGGUUGAUGAUGAUCCGAAUCUUAAGUAUCUCGCAUUGCAGGCGCUUUCAGUGGUUGCCCCAAAGCACUUGUGGGCAGUGUUGGAGAAUAAGGAGGUUGUGAUUAAGUCCUUGAGUGAUGUGGAUCCAAAUAUUAAGCUGGAGUCCUUGCGUCUUGUUAUGGCAAUGUUGUCUGAGAGUAAUGUGGCCGAAAUUUGCAGGGUUUUGGUAAAUUAUGCCUUAAAAUCUGACCCCGAGUUUUGCAAUGAGAUUCUUGGUUCCAUUUUAUCAACAUGCGGUAGUAAUGUAUAUGAGAUUAUUAUUGACUUCGAUUGGUAUGUAUCGCUUCUGGGAGAAAUGUCGAGGAUUCCACAUUGCCAGAAGGGGGAAGAAAUUGAGAAGCAGCUUAUUGAUAUCAGUAUGAGGGUGAAAGACAUUAGACCAGAGCUUGUUCGGGUCAGUCGUGAUCUACUGAUUGAUCCUGCAUUACUUGGUAAUCCUUUCUUACACAGGAUAUUAUCAGCUGCUGCUUGGUUGUCAGGGAUAUAUGUUGAGUUCUCGAUAAACCCAUUUGAACUCAUGGAGGCACUAUUACAGCCUCGUACAACUCUCUUGCCGCCAUUUAUAAGGGCAGUUUAUGUACAGUCUGCUUUUAAAGUUGUAAUCUUUUGUCUGAAUGCUUACCUUUUGCGGAGGGGGAAUGCUGCUUCCUCCUCAUAUAUUGAUAAAUUGGUGCCAGAUGUUCCAGGAUUGGUUUCGGAAUGUGAUGACCCAGAGAGUUCUGACUUGGCAUCAUGUGAUUCUCCUGUGCAUUGCAAACAGGAUGAAGGAUUCAACCCGAGGGUUUUAAAUCAAUCUUUUGAAGGUCUUUUUGUGGAACAUGGUGGGGAGGAAACUGCUACUCGUGGGCAGGUAUCUGCAUCUUCUUCAUUGAGGGACGGUUUCACACAUGAAUCUAUCAUAAACCUUUUAAAUCGAGUUGAAUUGGCUCUGGCUCCACUAACAGGAAGCUAUGAUGUAGAAAUUCUAGAGAGAGCGCGAAAUAUACUCUGUUUCAUUGAGUUGAUUAAGCGAAAAAUGCCUGAUUGUCUAGUCCAGAAGGAAGAAAGUUUGGGAAGAGAAGAAGCACCAGCGUCCCAAAUCAUCAGAUUGAUGCAUGAUGCCUUUUCAAAUGAUCUGGGUCCUGUAUCAGUAAGUGCUCAAGAAAGAGUUCCGGUACCAGAUGGAUUAGUGCUUGCGAAGAAUCUUGAAGACUUGGAAACAAUCUUUGGUGAUGUUCAGCUGCCUUCAUUAAAUUCAGUUUCUCUUGGAAGCCCUCAAUAUGAGGACAGGGCUGGUUUUUCUCUCCCUAUCCUUCAGAGUAAAGAAGAGCCAGGACCAUCAAAUGAAUCCACAUCUCUGCUGGCAGAUCACCGUAAGCAGCAUGGUCUAUAUUAUCUUCCUUCUGCAAAGAAUGAAGAUGAGUAUCCACCCGCCAAUGAUCUUAAAUUACAGGCUGAUACUAAUGAUGGCGAUGAAGAUCUAGUUAAGCUUACUGAGCAAUUACUAUUUUCAAAGAAAAAGCCAAACCAUGCAAAGCCUAGGCCUGUGGUGGUGAAAUUGGAUGGAGAUCAAGUACCUAUUGCAGCCAACCCUGAUCGGAAGGAAGAUUUGUUGUCUGGUACUGUGCGAGAUGUUCUUUUAGGUAGUGACACCAAUCACACAUCCUCUCAAAGUAAAGUAUCUACCAAGUCAUCGACUCAGAGAAAAGGGAAGGAUAAACUAAAUGUUGAUUCUGUUACAGAAUCUAAAGAAAAUUUGGGUGAUAUUGAAAAGCAUGAUCAAGGAAACCCAAGUUUAAGAAAAAGCAAGCACCAUACGCAUGGUAAAGGGAGAAGACACAAAAGCCCGGGAAAGAAGGGAGAUGAAAGAGAAGAAAAUGGUCAGAAAGUGAAGCAAAAAAGUAGUCAUAGCCAUAGUAAGCACAAGGCUCGACAACGAGCAGAGGUGCCCCUGAAUGUGGCUGCACAAUCACCAGGCAUUCCAGAUUUUCUUUUAUAGUGUUAAAAGGUUUGGAUUUAUUUUUUCAAUCAUGAUGUCACAAAACUUGUCCUUGUAUUUCACCACGACUAAGGUCAGUCCUGCUGUAGAUUUUAUACAUUUUGCUUUCAUAAUCACAGUUUGUAGUUGCACAACUGUUGGAUUCCUUUUUUUCACUUUUUAUGUCAAACGAUGCGAGUGAAUUUCAUUCAAGCUAUGAAAUUUGAGGGUUGAGAUUGUCUAUGAAUUAAGUGUUGCCCACACAGUUCUUGAA